GGUCCACAUAUGCACACACUGAUGCAUGCCAUGCAUUGGUCGUCCGUCGAACUGUGGGCUCAUCGGUCUGUCACAUGCACUGGCACCCUCAGAUGUCGUCUCUGGCGUCGAUGAGGUCUGCGGGAUCGGCGCCCGCGUUGAGUGCGGCGAUGGCCUUGUCAGCGCGAUGGACGCGGGAUGGCCGCGACACGACGACAUUGAGAUGGCCGUAUCCGCCCGUCGCCACGUCAGAGAUGGACGACACGACAGGCAUGUCAGUCAGCAAGGUGAUCAGACUUCCAGCCUGCCAACGAGCUCUGCAUCCAGAGACACACACAGAGAGAUGAAUGGUUGCCGGAUGGUCUGUCUGCACAUCCCUACCUGCCCGGUGUGAUUUCCCGCGACAUGAGGUUCUUGCACACCAUUGUCGUGCCCAGCGAUUUCAUCAGCUCCUUGGCGAAAGGGCGCGACCACAGCGUUCGAAGCCUGCGUGCACACACAUCCACAGGUGCAUGCCAUGCGUGGAUGCAUACACUCGGUGCUGACUGACCUGGCCAUUGCCUGCUGUGCAGUGCGGCCGCCGGCGAGCACUUGACCAUUGAGGGCGGCGACUUUGGUGCCAAGAGCGACGAAGUACUUGACCUUUCAUUCACAAAUCCAGGGACGAAGUCAUUUGGCUGAGCAUUCUGCGUGUGUUACCGAUGCCAUGGCCGAGUUGACACACAUUCUCUGUGCGAUGAAGGUGGGCUUCUGCAGACACGCGAUGGCGUUCUUCGGCUUGACGCCUGCACACACACUCACAGACAGACAAGUGUAUGUGGGAGGGAGGGAGACAUGGAUGGAUGCGGGGAGUGAGACAUGUGCAUGUGCCUACCGAAGGGAAUCAGUGCGUGAGCCAUUCCCGUGGCUGUGAGCGCGGCGGGCAGCAGUGUCAGCGUAAACGGCUUCAAGAAUGCCUUCGCGAGAGUCUCCUGCAUGCGACAACACACAAAAGAAUGAGACACAUCCAUGUGUGUCGCUCUCUAUCUUUGUUUCCAGGCUUUUCACUCACCACCGGCAAGUGCUCUGCGGCGAGGCUGGGCAGCAAGUGGUUGCCGCCGCUCGUCUGCAUGAACCGCGCCUCCUCCUUGUCCUGCUUCUCGAGAGCCCUCAUGAAGUCAUCGAUCACUUUGGCCUCAUCGACUGACGUCGCAUCGGCGCCAGUCGGCACUUCCGGCACCUGCAUGCCAACGGGAGGGAAGGACGCACCAGUUGACCCGCUGGGCGCGUAGCCGAUCGGCAGGCCAGUGUUGGUGUUGAUCUGCUGCACCUCCCGUGACACGUCUGGCGUCUUGUCGAGGUCCUCCUCUUCAUUGUCCACGUUGUCCGAUGCGGCCUCGAGAUCGGCGGCGGGAGAUGGUGGCUGCGGGACUGGCGGCUCGGGAGACACCGACACACUCGCGGGGAUGGGAAAAGUGCCUGAGUGAAGGACAAACAAACAUUGAGACACACAAAACGAAGACCAACAUCGGCAGUCAUGUGAGUGACUGUCUUACCUGUCUUGGGUUCGCCCUUCUUCUGAAUGGGCUCUUUCGUGUGCAUUGUCGAUUUCUGUGGCACCAUCACCUCCGCGUCGCCCAUUCUCUCCCAAUUCACCACAGAUCCGCUCCGGUCGACAGCGCCCGACACAUUGGGGACGCCAUGUGAGUGCGCUGGCGGGGUCUUUGCGGAGGG